CAAUGGCCGACUCUAUCCAACCUCCCGCUCCCGCCAACGCGCGCGACACCACUAAGCCUACCCCACCCUCAAGCCCAGAGCCAGUCGACGGCGCCGCAGCCUCAGGUUCCAAGACAGCCCGCAAACGCGAAAGAGAAGUGUCCCUUGAACCAGCGCCGGCAUGUGUGUCGUCUACUGCUGGCAGCGUCAACGUGAAUGAUCAACAGGCCCCGAUGAAGAAGAACAAGAUUGCGCUCGAUGCCCACCCAGAGGAGGAGGCUAGCCCUAGCCGCUCCGCCUCGCGGUCGCGCUCCAACUCCCCUAAAGGCCUCAGCAGCUCACCCCGCCAGGAACAGGCCGUUCGGCAGAUCAGGCGUGGUGUGGAAGAUCUCACCUGGCAGAAUAACGAGCGCCAGUCUCCGCCCAACCCGGCAGUGGACCAGCAGGCCACCGACACCCCAUCCGAUAACGCCAACCCCGUGCCCAAGCACGACGAUGCCGACAUGCUCAGCGUGUCGGGCCGCUCUAAUUCGCCCGUGUCCCAGAAGCCAGCGAGCGUGGUGAUGGGCUCCGCAAGUGGCUCUCAGCCGCCGUCGCGUCGCGUGUCGGAUGCAUCAAUGGAGGAGGACAAGGCGCAGCAGCCGCGCAAGCGCAAGCUAGUCGAUCGUGGUGCCAGCGAGGGGCCCUCGACGCCAAUCGAGACACUCAAGCGUUCUCGUGACGAUCCGGAUGAUGACCAGAAUCCUCGGGAAAAGAAGAGGCCGACACCCCCGCCCGAGCAAGCCUUCACUGUCGAUGCUACCCCACGGCGUUCUGUCGACUCACUCAAGCGCUCCCGCGAGGAUGAUGAAGUUGAUCAGAACCCUCGCGAACCCAAGCGCAUCACGCCACCACCUGAAGAGAAAGCUAAGAAGAUCGAGAAGAAAGACGUCAAGCCCGUCAGCAAGGGCUUCAUGCAGUACGCUUCGGCCACUUCGCCGUUUGCCUCCGUCAAGGCUCCACCCAAAUUCGGAACAACGGCCUCCCCACCUCCUGCCACUCCCAGCAUUCCCUCUACUCCGUCCAAUGCGUCCACGCCGUCUACUUCCAAGGAUCCCUUCGCCAAGUCCGGCUUCGCGCGCCUUGUGGGAGACGCGUCUCCUUUCGCCACCGUUGCGCGCAACAAGCCGCAUGUCUUCGGCACUGCGUCCGUCAUCGAGCGGCCGAACACCCCCGAACGGGCUGCGCCCAUCUCCAGUAUCAAGUCGACUGCAUUCUCCGCCUAUGCUUCUGCGAGUCCGUUUGCCAUCGCCGCUAAGUCCAACGGUGCUGGUGGGAAAGCUGGCAAGUCCGAUUCGGGCUCGACCACGCCUUCUACGGACGAAGUGGAGAACGCAGAUGAGGCAGACAAAGCCAAGGCCUUCCAGGACAAGCUUCGCGCAGGGAAAGAUACAGAAGGGUCCGAUGAAGAUGAAAAGAAGGCGAAGUUGCAGCUGAAGGAGCAAGAAAUCAUGACCGGCGAAGAGGACGAGGACGUCGUGUUUGCCGGUCGCGGCAAGCUAUUCUUCAUGGACGGCGAUGCGUACAAGGAACGCGGUACCGGCAUCAUGAAGGUUAAUGUCAAGCGCGAGGAUAGGAAGAAUGCUCGCAUUAUAAUGCGCAAGGACACCGUUCACAAUCUCCUGCUGAACGUCUCUGUCACGUCCAUCGCGAAGUGCGAGGUCAACAAGAAUGACACGCGGUAUCUGUCGCUCUCUGUUGCGACUGGCACGGGCAUCGAUAACUACGCUUUCCGAAUGAAGGAAACGUCGAACUUAGUCAAGCUCGCGGAUGCGGCGAAGGACCCUGCAGCUUACUUGGAGCGCAAUGGAGGUGACGGUCGACGCGAAUCUCGCACGGCUCCCCGCCAUCGGGCCACGGCUGUCGAGGAUGCUGGUGACGUUGUAUAGGGCCCUUCGGCCUUUGAAGGACGGCAGAGAUACCGUCAAGGGUCAUUAUGCCAUUGUGUAAGAUGGUCUGGUCGCUGUAGAGGUCGCGACUAGUGUCGGGCAGAGGCGGUGCUCGGAGAGGUCCCUCUCGCAUCCGUAUCGCAACGUUACGAACGAACGAAUACUUUCCGUACUAAUUGUUCUAUUCAUCUUUGUAUUAUUUAUCCGAACGUAGUUUGCUGUGCAAGGUA